GUUAGUGAAACAAAGUGAAUCGCUGUAAAAUAUCAGAAAAGCAGGAAAAUGAAUGAACCAGUGUGUUGGGCCAAUCUGACCCCGCUAGCUGUUUUGAACGAAUGAACCCCUAGAAUCGACCAAUAGGGUUUUUACAGUACUCCAAACAACCCAGAAGUAUGAUCCAGGUAAUAAAAACCAAAAAUAUGUUUACACAAUCAACCCAGCACCUUUUUUGAUUUUAUUUGCAUUCAAUCAGCGUGUGUGACACUUGUUGCAGAUGUGGUGAGUCUUUGCCAUCUGCAAGUCACACACUGUGGUGCAACACAUGAACUGUGGUUUUUUCUUUGUUUUGUAUGAAACCACUCACAGGGAAAGGAGCUGCGGUGAAAAGUUUUCUGUUUCCCACAUCAUUUGCCGGGGGUUUGUCCACGUCACGCUCGGUUUGCAGUGGCACUAUGUAUAACUUGGCCACGGAGGGUGAAUUUAGUCUUGCAAGAAAUAGCUUGACAGGUGAAACGCUAACUCCAAACAUUAUGACAUCCAGGGACGCUGCAGUGAAGUGGCUCCCUCCCCAAGUCGGGCCCACAAUGGUUGUGAUUUUCAUUCUUAUACCAGCUUUAAGCGGUGCCAUCGAUGUUAACUGCUCCGAGUCAAACCAACAAGCCCUGCUGAAGGCUCUGAAACCAUUGUUUAACCUGAAGGCCAUACGCCCUGUGAUGAACCUGACGACCCCUACCAACAUCAUGACCUACUUCACCAUGUAUGGAAUACUGGGUGUGGAUGAAAAGGCUCAACUCUUAGAAACAUACAUCUGGCUGCAUUAUUGGUGGCAGAAUGAAUUUGUCAACUGGGAUCCAGUCCAGUGCAGCUCCAAAAUGAUUUCCCUUCCAAGAUCCAUGUUUUGGGUGCCAGAUAUUGUCAUCAAUGAAUUCAUGGAUGAAAACACAGCCCCCAUUGUCCCGUACGUGUAUCUGUACCACGACGGCAAAGUCCACGAUGCUCUACCAGUCAGAGUUGUGAGCUCGUGUAACCUUGAUAUCUACACCUUCCCAUUCGACGUACAGAACUGCACCAUGACUUUUAACUCCUACAUACACUUCGCCAUGGACAUCCAGAUUUUCCUUGGCAGGUCUGCAGAAAACAUUACAUUGAACUCCAAGAACGUGAUUACCACUACUGGGGAGUGGGAGCUGCUGGAAAUCACCUCCUACAAAAACGAAUCAGGACAAGAUAAGAGUGACUACAUUGAUGCGCUUAUAUUCAAUGUCCGAGUGAGGCGCCGGGCCACCCUGUACGUUGUGAACUUGUUGAUCCCCAGCUGCUUCCUUAUCACAGUCGACCUCUUCAGCUUCUUGCUGCCUCCUCAGGCUGUGGACCGAUCCUCCUUUAAGAUGACUCUGAUCCUGGGCUACACCGUCUUCCUGCUCAUCAUGAACGACCUGCUGCCCGUCACUGGAAACAGCAUACCUCUCAUAAAUGUGUUCUUCUCUCUCUGCCUUGCUCUGAUGGUGACCAGUUUACUGGAGACCAUCCUCAUCACUAACCUGCUGAAUGGCUCUGCUGAUUUCUCUCCCCUUCCGCACUGGAUCCGUGUGAUUGUCCUACAGUUCCUGGGCUGCGUUGUUUGCCUGCCUCAGAGGACAAAAAAAACAAAGCGCUUCGAAAUGCCUGUGGUGGCAAAGCGGACAGCGAAUGAAGGGCCUUCAGAUGUAUCGGGGUCUGGUGCCGAGGGCAGGGCCGUUCAGGAGCUGAGGAGUCUGGGUAAAGACCUCCAGGCCAUCCGUCUCCAGGUGGAGAAGCAGAUGGGCCAAAGCGAGAGCUCUGAAGAGUGGAUCCAGUGCUGCCCGCUGAAAGUCAAGCCUUCUAAGGUUCUUUUCGUCUUCAUCUCUCUACUCUUGUAUGCCCCGUGCAGCCCCGCCAUGCUAAACUGUACCCGACCUGACCCGCUGUCCCUGCUGGAGGCUCUGAAACCGGUGUUCGACCUGGGUACCAUUAGACCUGUGACGGACAUGUCGACCCCAACCAAUGUCACCAUUGACUUUAUCCUGGCUGGAAUUUUAGGAGUGGAUGAAAAGGCGCAACUCCUGACGACGUAUAUCUGGCAAACUUUGGUGUGGAGAAAUGAGUUUGUCAGCUGGGACCCAGAACAGUGCGGUUCGUCGUGGAUUACAAUCCCAAGGAAUCUGCUCUGGGUACCAGAUGUGGUUAUCAAUGAGUUUAUGGAGAAGAACUCGGCUCCAUUCGUCCCGUACAGCUACCUGUUUUCUGAUGGCCGUGUGAUAGAUGAUCCUGUCAGAGUCGUCAGCUCCUGCAGACUGGACAUCUACACGUUUCCAUUUGACAUCCAGAACUGCACUUUGAGCUUCAACUCCUACUUACACACUAGUAAGAAUUCAAGCAUGAGAUACCAGUGUAUCCCUUGCUGA